AUGCCUAUACCUAUACCUAUCCCGACCAAUCCCAAUGUCAUACCUGGAAACACUCUACCUUCCGCGCCAGCGAGCCCACCCACCCCCGCACCGAGCCCUACUCCCAUGCAUCGUGCACCAGACUGGAGCACUGCAGACCCGCAUGAAGACAUUGGAGACAUUGAUCUUGAUGAGCCAGAGCCUGAUCACAAUUCCGCACGCGCCAGCGCGAGUUCUCGAAGCUAUGGCUUCGGCUACCGGCAUAUGCGUGCUGCAUUCGCGGACAUGGACAAUGAUGAAAGACAACGCAUGCUCGCCGAAUUACUGAAUAUGUGCGAUGGGAAGCUGCUGGGAUUUGUGGCAAGCUUUGUUGGCCCGAGGCUGAAGCGAGAUCCCUUCUCGGUACUGCCUAAUGAGUUGUGUCUACGAGUAUUGACCUUCAUCGAGGAUGCUCGAACUUUAGCGCGAAGCUCCCAAGUCAGCAGGCGAUGGCGAGAAUUGGUGAGCGAUGACAUGGCUUGGAAGAGCUUAUGCGAACGGCACGCAUACAGACGCAUGUCGGAUGACCCGCCUGGAUCUUCCCCUCGUCCUAUACCGAACGCUGCAGCCUCGAAUGCCGAACAGCGAAUCAACCAUCCAUACGGCUAUUCGGCAUUUGCUCAAGCGCAUAAUCCUGCUUUGCCAGUUCUCAACACCACACCAUCUGUGCUCCCUACCACACUGUCGGCACGUGCCAUGGCCAAUUCCAAUUCCAGCAAGCGAAGCCCUCAGGCCAUCAGCUAUCGCAGCCAUUUCAAACAGCGGUACCAGGUCGAAACUGCGUGGCGGCAUGGCGGCCGUUGCGACACUAGACAGAUUACACCAGACCAGGGCGUUGUUACCUCGCUGCACCUGACACCAAAUUACAUCAUUGUCGCACUUGACAAUGCCAAGAUCCACGUCUUUGACACAGCUGGUCGGCAUCUGCGAUGCUUGCAGGGACAUGUGAUGGGUGUGUGGGCUAUGGUCCCCUGUGGCGAUACACUGGUUUCUGGCGGCUGCGAUCGCGAUGUUCGUGUGUGGGAUUUGACGACAGGCAAUGCCCAGCACAUGCUCCGAGGGCACACGAGCACUGUGCGAUGCCUCAAGAUGAGUGGUCCUAACAUCGCCAUUUCGGGUUCGAGAGACACCACUUUGCGGGUUUGGGACAUCCGAAAAGGUAUCUGCCGACAUGUGUUGGUCGGUCACCAGGCCUCAGUGAGGUGUCUGGAGAUUCACGGGGACCUGGUCGUUUCAGGAUCUUACGACACCACAGCGAGAAUAUGGUCGAUCAGCGAAGGCCGCUGUCUGCGCACACUGCAAGGACACUUUAGUCAAAUCUACGCAGUGGCUUUUGACGGCCGCCGUAUUGCGACUGGUUCUCUGGACACCAGUGUCCGCGUUUGGGAUCCUCGGGACGGCCGAUGCUUAGCACAGCUGCAGGGUCAUACUUCGCUUGUCGGACAGCUACAACUUCGUGGCGACACGCUGGUCACUGGAGGCAGCGACGGGAGCGUGAGAGUUUGGAGUUUGCAGUCGAAUCAAGCAGUUCAUCGUCUGGCUGCUCACGAUAAUAGCGUCACUAGUCUGCAAUUUGACGACAGCAGGAUAGUAUCUGGCGGCUCAGAUGGAAGGGUCAAGGUGUGGGACUUGCAACGCGGAUGUCUGGUCCGCGAACUUGGCAGUCCUGCGGAAGCCGUGUGGAGGGUGGUGUUCGAGGAAGAAAAGGCUGUCGUUCUCGCUAGCCGCGGCGGCAAGACAGUCAUGGAGGUAUGGUCUUUCGCACCGCCUGCGGAGGGCGACGAUGUCUAUGCCUCACCCUCAGCGUUACGUUCGAACAGCAGCAGCCCAGGCGGCAUUACACCUUAUCAAGACCCAGCUUACGGCGAGAGGCCGACCUACAAAACUUUGACACAAACAGACGAUUUAUACAACGAGGCGGGGUCGUCAAACACACAGAAGAUGAUAGCACAACAGGAUGAAAUUAUGAACGCUGCAUACGGGUGGGAAGAAUGCACCACGACGAUCAGUGAAGAGGAAGGCGUCCAAAUAGGGCUCGAUGAGUCAGGUGAAUAG